UAUAAUGCUCUCUGUUGUUCGCAAGACAUUGGACUCUUAAAACAGUUUGGCACUGUCAAGUUUUUGUGUGUAAUACAGCGUACUGUACAUGUAUGAGCCAAAUCACACGGACUAUGUUUGUUGUGUAAUUGAUUCACCACUGCUAGUACAUGUAGUAGUGUUUUUCUAUCGAGGUAGCGUCCACAACACUGAGCUUUGGAGAUAAAUACACCAGCAAAGACUACGUACACGCUGACAGUUUUUGGUGGGAGACUUCUGUUUUUCCCCGUUGGUGGAGUUGUUAACAACACGGUGCCUGCUGAACAAACCGGGUACCAUGUUAAAGUCGCUAUACCAAGGUUUGGCCAAUGCCUGCAGCAUGGUAGACUGCUGCUUCGGUAUGAGGCCUUGUCAUCAGGCCGUCUUCCCCUGCAUCCGAAGCUGCUCCUACGGAGACCGCAAAGUCUUCUAUAACUACGACGGCACAGAGACCGUGGAGCCCCUUGUGGAUUACUUCAAACCUACAAACUCCUUGCUCAAAAGGAACAUGAUAAGAGGAAUGAAACUGGACAAGGCAGAGCUGAAACGAGGUCUGGACGCCGUGCAACAGAUUGCCGCCGUCGUCCAUUUUGCUCACCAGAACGACCUGAAAGUACGGGCGGUCGGAACCGGUUCGUCCUGGUCUAAACUCACCAAUGUCCGCGACAUAUUGAUAGAUAUGACAGCACUAAACCAGAUCAUUCGAGUAGACAAACAGGACGAGGAGGGCGCCCUCUAUCACAUCGAGGUCCAAGGCGGGAUGAAACUUCACGACUUCGUGCGGAUCAUAGACGAGGAUUACGGUAUGAGUCUACCGUGCAUGGGCAACUACGCCGGGCAGACCAUUGCGGGCAUCAUCAGCACAUCCACCCACGGCACGGGGCAGGACUAUCCCACUAUGUCAAAUUUCGUCGCAGAACUUCACAUGAUCAUCUGCGGAGGAGUCCAGGUACGAGUCCGGAUACCACGAGAAGGCGAAAUCGACGAGGAUUUCGAUACCGUCCGGCAGAGAAUCGAAUCGGCAGAAUACGGCGAUCCGCUCCUUGACAUUCACAGCACGGACGUGUUCCGUGCAGCGGCCGUGGGUUUCGGAUCGCUCGGAGUGAUUUACUCCGUUACCCUCACGUGUGUUCCGGUUUACAACAUCCGGGAAACGAGACAUUAUAUCGAGAUGGACUGGCCGGAGUCGACACCGUGUUCGUCGAGACCGGUUACACGAGCGCCGAGCAGGAACAAUUCGAAUCUAGACAUAUCGUCCACGAACUCGUCUCUGGAGGAAUCGACUACCCGACUGGAGGAAGAGUCAGAGUCGAUAAAAGCACAACAACCGUUCACGAUACCCGAAACUGUGAAGAACAUGUCUGCCGGGCAGGGGAAAUAUUUCUCGUUCUUCGUAAAUCCGUUUCCGAGAAAGAGUCACGAGGACCCGGACAGGACCGUGUUGAAGAGCGUUUAUCUGUCGGGGGAGAGGACCGAAGAGACGGGCAGCUGUCAGUGCGAUUGCUGCCUCAACUUCCAAUGUUGCGCGUGCACAGGAUGUAGGGGUCAAAGUGCAUGCCAGAUAGUUCAGACAGACUGUUCGGCGUCGUGUCUCCAGCUUGGUGCCCACUGUCUGCCGUCUUUCAUCCCGUGGUUUGCCGACUGCGGACUGCACCAGUUCGCUCGAGACGCUCCGUACAUCCAGAAAUGGUACAACGUUCUCACCUUCACCAACGGAAACUUACACAUCAAGACGGCCGAAUACUGCAUACCGCUACAGGACCUGGACGCGGCGUUAGCAGACAUCGUUAGGGUACUACAGGAGUACGGCAAGUUGUAUCAGACGUACACACUGCUUCCCAUCUACGUGCGAAUGGUCAAAGCCGAUGAUCUGUACAUGAGCCCGGCGAAUAGACACACUCCGGACGGUGGGAUUUGCGAGAGAUAUUGUUACAUUGAGGUUCCAUUUCUCCCUGGUGCCUACGGUAUCGACGAGUUCCACAAGAAGUUGGAAGAUUUUCUCUUCAGUAAGUACCGAGCCCGUCCGCACUGGAGCAAGAAUAACUUCCUGAGUUACAACCGAGUCGAUAGACUGUACCCGCACCUCGAUAAAUGGAGGCGAGUCUACGUGCUGUUCAACAGGGACGGCACUUUCGACAACGAGUUCACGAGGAAAUGCGGGUUUGAUGAUUUCCACCUGCGGGAUCGGGAGGAUGAGGAGGUGGAGGGGGCACGGGGUGUGAGGAGCUCCCCGACCGCCAACAAUGAACAGAGGAGAGAGGGGUCCCCGGAAAGGUCCCCCCGCCCCGGAUCCGAUGACUGCCCUCACCCGGGCACCGCGGAGCUAGGAGAGGGCUGCCGUUGUUCUGGCUCUGUAACCGUGUCAGAUGUGAUCGUCUCGCAGCCGGCACGGUCGACCGGGGUUAGUCUGGUCCCGGAACACAGCAACAUCACUGUUGAACUAACAGACACGGUGUCAUCCCAUCCCCCUAGUGACGUCACGCGGUAACAAGAGGCGCCAUUGUUCCGAGUCUCUUACCUUCUCGGUGUGGGUUCGCAGUUCGCACGCAGAUGGCUUUGGGUCCUGGGUGUAAUAUUAUUGGGGAAAGCAAAAACCGGCGCAGGAGUAUCCAAUCGAGAUAAAAAACAUUCCUUAAUAGUAGCCGGAGGCGAUUGAGCGCGAGAGGAAAGUGCAAGUGUACAAUAAAUUGGGAAAAUAAAAGGUGUGAUGUACAAGAGGUUUUUUGAACUUGGCCUUUGGGUUGGGCAAUUAUUAUUACCAACUGGAUACCAGGCAAGCUUUCUGCAUGAUGUAUUCAAGUAACUUUUACAAGUUAACAGCUUAUUUAUUCACGGCAAGUUAACCACAGCACAAUAACCGAAACUUCUUUACCAAUGUUUAAACUGUCUUACGUCAUGAUGCAAACAUGUGUUUCGUUUCCGUUGCGAAACCAACGAAGAGAUAAUGGUCUGGUCCCGUUAAUGAAUUUAGGUAAUAAGCUUCAACAUCGAACAUGGUACCCAACCUAAAUGGCUCAUUAUUAAUAACUAUAGUACGAGUAAAAGUAGCCAAGCCGCUAUCACUUCCAAUCCCUUAUCUUAGUCUGCUUUUGAAAGUGUGGCUACGGCUACGACUGUUGCUAUGGAUGUUGCUAAGGAUAUCGUAUAUGCUUCAACGCACAAUAUCGCGUCCAUUUAGCCGUAGCCGCCAAUCUGGACAUGGACUUACACUUCCUUUUAUUGGGUUGAGCACCGUUGAAAAAAAUGGUGAACUGUAUUUGGCAAGUUUGUUAUGGUUAAAAGUUUAAACAGCGAUUUAAAACCGUGUCAUAGUCCAUAGACAACACCAACGAUAAGCUUAAUACGCCAAAUACUCUUUUAACGAUCUUUAAGACAGUAUUGGUUCCCAUUAAAGUCAUCAAUAAAGUUUCCAUUUAUGUCAUUUUUGUGUUGUAAUAGCAGCAUGUUAAUCACCACUCACUUGGAACUAAACUGUGUAGACCACAGAACCACCAACCAAGGCGUCUAGCCAUGGUUAACAUGGCCCCCUUUUGCCCUCACAACUAAUACUCAGAAAACAAUAAAGUUCGUUUACGGGUAAAAGCCGACAGUUGUAAUUAUCGUCAUUCUGCGGCCAAGAAAAAGAAAAGGGCGGGCCGGGUUACCCAAACACGAAUUUGAACGUGACCCCUGACACGUUGUGGGUUAAACGUGAUACCAGUCGGUUUGUAAUCAUUUUCGUCUUGGCGGCACGGUUUGACUAUGGUUUGAUGGCCGUCACGCCAGAGGUAUGACGGCUGGAUUUGACGCCUGGCCUAAAAAUGACCCCCUGAAAAGUAGACCAUUUAAUAGGUUGGUUGUGAAACCAAAAUGUGGUUUAUUUUCCAUACCAAAUGGUCCGUUUUUCCAACGGUUUCCUUUUCGAAAGCUUCUAAAGAACAUUGCCCGUUUUGGUUUUUGUCUAACUUAAAAAAUAAUGUUGUCUAUUUUUCCAUACCAAAAUUUCAAAUUGUUCAUUUUUUAACGAUGUGCUUCUUCACCAACUCGUAAAGAAAUAUACAGUUUUUGUGCGUGUGGAAUGUUUUCUAAUUUUGAUUUUUGGCAUCCAUACUAUUUCUCCUUCAUAUUCAGUUUAAGCCACAUGUGACACACGAGACAAUUUACAGGCAACCAGUUCCAGACAACGUUCACGAAGAAAUGGCAUGUACAUUUGAAUGUUCUCAUAAACUUCUUGGGGAUCGUAAGACACUGUUUGAAAAAUGACUCAUGUGCUACCAUAGUGGUCCUGUAGCAUGCACUGCAGCUGGUUGCCUCCAAGUUGCCUGCAAAAGUUGCCUUUCGCGAAAAGGACCAAGCAAGGAGAUGUGAACGUGAACAAUUUGUGUGCUCUAGUGGGAUAUUUUUCUUUGUAAAGAACAUUAUACAAAGUAAAUGGGUUGAUACGUUUAAGGUUGCUGUAAAUAAUUGAUUAACUUUUCGGCACGAACAUGAAAAACUCGACUUCAAUAAAAUGUAUAUUUUUCUAAACGUCUUUUUAAUGAAACAAUGUAAAAAAAGAAUGUUAUCUUACAAUGUAAUGUCGGGUUGCUCAAAUCUUGAACCUGGGAAAGAGGGGAGAAAUUCAAUUCAACACAAAACAAAAGGUGUAUAUCAUAUUCAUUCAUUCAAUUCAAAUAUUCCUUCUAGAAAGAACAAGGGUUGGAAAACAUGAUAUGCAGUAUCUCUGAUUUUGACAGAAACUGCUUUCGAAACAAUCCAUUAGAACACAAACAAAACAAGCACAGCUGGUACUAUUUUGUGUUUUAUAUACAUGUCACUGAAAUGAAACCGACAAUAAACGACUACAAAUAUACUAUGCAUUGCCUAUUGCAAUAUAUUUAUAUAUUUUAUAUUAUAUCUUGUGUACAUUAACUUGAGGGCGCUUUGCCGCAGUAGUUACCAAGCUUUGUAUACUCUUACCAAACCCGUCUCGGACGCGAUGCAAACAUUUUAACAAAAAAAGUAAAUUAAUUCAGUAAUAAUAAUAAUAAUUUUAUUACAAAAAACAUAAGAAUUUUUUGUACAAUCUUUCAGUACGUAUAUUUAUAUCAACUUUUUGUUUUUAAUUAUUCAAGAAUGUGGUUAUCAUAAUUAUGUAAUUUAUUAAGCGUGUAUAUAUAAUGAAUCUUCUCGUCAUUAAAAGAUAAAGUAUAUACUGA